GUGUUGCUAGGGGCAAGCCGUUCAGACAAGGCCACGAGCCAGUCCAGCCGCUCUCUGGGGGCCCGCUGCAGGAACUCCAUCGCCUCCUGCUCCGACGAGCAGCCACACAUCGGCAACUACCGUCUGCUCAAGACCAUUGGAAAGGGAAACUUUGCUAAAGUCAAGUUGGCCCGCCACAUCCUGACCGGCAGGGAGGUUGCAAUAAAAAUCAUUGACAAAACGCAGUUGAACCCAACCAGCCUACAGAAGCUUUUUCGUGAGGUACGAAUAAUGAAAGGCCUGAAUCACCCUAACAUAGUGAAACUGUUUGAGGUGAUUGAGACAGACAAGACCCUUUACCUGAUCAUGGAGUAUGCCAGUGGAGGGGAAGUGUUUGACUACCUCGUGUCUCAUGGAAGGAUGAAGGAGGUCGAAGCCAGAGCCAAAUUUCGACAGAUUGUCUCUGCUGUCCACUAUUGCCACACCAAGAAAAUUGUCCACAGAGAUUUAAAGGCGGAGAACCUUCUGCUGGAUGCUGAUGCCAACAUCAAGAUUGCAGAUUUCGGCUUCAGCAAUGAGUUCACGUUAGGAACCAAGCUGGACACUUUCUGUGGCUCUCCCCCUUAUGCUGCCCCGGAGCUUUUCCAGGGAAAGAAGUAUGACGGGCCUGAGGUGGACGUUUGGAGUUUGGGCGUCAUACUCUACACUCUGGUCAGCGGCUCACUGCCUUUUGAUGGGCAGAAUCUCAAGGAGCUGAGGGAGCGUGUGCUGAGAGGGAAGUACCGUGUGCCCUUCUACAUGUCGACCGACUGCGAGGGCAUCCUUCGCAGAUUUCUGGUGCUCAAUCCCACCAAACGCUGCACGCUUGAGCAAGUCAUGAAGGAUAAAUGGAUCAACACAGGGUAUGAGGGGGACGAGCUGAAGCCUCAUAUUGAACCUGUGGAGGACUACAGUGAUCCGACUCGUAUCGAGGUGAUGGUCGGGAUGGGCUUCACUCCAGAUGAAAUCAAAGAUUCUCUGCUCAAUCAGAAGUACAACGAGGUCACAGCCACCUACUUACUGCUCGGACGAAAAGGCGACGAAAGCAGUGAUGCCCGCACGGCUAGCAGCCUGUCUUUGGCAAGAGUUCGACCAAGCCCCAUCACCAAUGGGACCACCAAGCACUCGUCAGCCACUGGUUCCUCCUCCUCCACCUCCUCCUCACAUAGCAAGACCCAGCGCAGUUCCUCCACGUAUCACAGGCAGCGACGACACAGCGACUUCUGCGGACCUUCCAUGCCCGUCAUGCACCCGAAGAGGAGCCCGACCAGCACAGGUGACCGGGAGCUGCGGGAGGGCAGGAUGCCGUCACGUAAAGCCAGCUGCAGUGUGAUGGGGAGCCACAGCCUGCCUCCCUCCAGCCCAAUGGUCAGCAGUGCCAACAACCCCAACAAGUCGGAGAUCCCUGACCGCCGCAAGGACAUGAUCGCCACCACGAAUAACAUCCCUGGGAGCACCAUGACACGUCGGAACACGUAUGUGUGCACAGAUCGCUCAGGCGUUGACAGGCACUCUCUGCUGCAGAAUGGCAAAGAAAAUAGCUCUCUGGGCCAUCGCAUGCCUGCAGCUUCUCCCUCCACACUCAGCAUCUCUGGAGCUGGAGCAGCCUCCUCCUCAUCCUCCUCUUCAGACCGAUGCCGCCUGACACGAGGCUCAACAGUCCGCAGCACGUUUCAUGGGGGACAGCUAAGGGAUCGUGGCCCUCUGGUUUACUCUGCACCACCCACAUCACCCACCCUGUCCCACCAUGAAGCCAGCCCGCUGCCCCAUGCCCGCACCAGGGCGACUUCCAACCUCUUCACCAAGCUAACCUCAAAACUCACUCGCAGGGUCAACCUUGACCCGUCCAAGCGCCAGGGCUCAAACAAAUCAGUCUCAGGCUGUUCUCUUCCACAAGGAUCAAAAACAGUUAGGUCACAAAUGAAUCUGAGGGAAUCAGGAGAUUUGCGGUCACAAGUUGCCAUCUAUCUGGGUAUCAAAAAGCGUCCGAGCCCCGGGCCAUCGGACGUGGCUGGAAUCUGAGAGGAUGUGGGCAGCGAGACCCUGUGGAGGUGGUACUGGCUUUGCGGGAGGCGGCGCUCGGAUGUG